AUCUCCUCGAAGAAGCCACAACGAUUGAGCUUUACGAGACGACCAUCGAGUUGCUCCCCACCUGAGCAGACCAUCAUCACCGAACCCUACCUGGUCUAUACUUGGGUACAUACCUACUCAAGCAUCCACCUACCCAUUCAACACCUACAUACGCUCCUCAACGCAACAUGUCUGGUCCCGGCAGUGGCUCCGGAGGCGGCACCCGAGGGAAAUUCAACCCCAAUUCCCUCCACUACGACCGCUCCGCUACCCUCCCUCCCUUUCUCGCUCGGUUGCAUGCACAACAUGCCCCAGGCAAUUAUGACGGUCCCGAUCCGAUCCUGGCUGCGCGGAGACGACCGACGAAGAAACCGAGAAGUGGAAGUGAAGAAGCGGAGGAUGCGCCGCUUGUUUUGGACGAGGAGGGGAAUGUGGUUGAUGGAGUGUCAGUGGGGAGGGAUGGGGUGGUCACGGAGAGGUCUGGUUCUAGGGUGGAGGGGGAGGGGACCCAAGAUGGGAAAGAAGGGACAGAAGGAAAAGAGGGAGGGAUAAGCGAAGAAGGGACCAAAGCAGCAGGGGAGGAGGACGGGAGUAAAGAAGGGAAUCACAAGAGGGCAGUGGCAGUGCAAGAGGAGAAAGGAGUGGGAAUAGGAGCGAGUAGGAAGAAGAGAAAGGUAGGGAAGGUCAUUGGUGGUGAUGAUGAUGAUGAUGAUGGUGAUUCGGAGCAAGAGCAGGAGCAAGAGCAAGAUGGGGAUGAUAAGAAAUCAUCAGCGGGGAAAACAAAGGACAAGAACAGCGGAAACACGGGACAGCAGGCAGGGGAGAAACCAAAGCCCAACAAGACGACUACCAAGAAAAAGAAGACGACGGCCAAGAAAGUCAAGCUUAGCUUUGGUGAUGGUGAUGAGGAGGGUUGAGAUGUUGUCAUUACUGGGCUUGGGCACUGCAAGUAUAGAAACGCAUCAAAGGGGCAUGCCGAGAGGAAGGUGUACAUGUCGGCCGGCGCAUGCCCCGAUAGCAAGUGGAAGGGCGCAAGAUGCGCGACCUGGAUGACAAGCUCGCGGAUGACGAGGGAUGCAAAGUCCAAGUUUGUCUAGGUCGUUAUGCCUGGGAGAGCUGUCUGGAGAACACGGUAGUGAGCUAUCUUGGAAGUCUCGAGUCUUGUUGCUCGGUACCGCAAAGAAGGUCGAGUCUAGAUGAUUCUGCGAAUGCACUUUG